CCUGCGUCCUGCGAGAGCGGUGCGCAGCGCCCGCAGAUGGCUCGCCGUGGCCGGGCCGGCGUCGCUGCGUCCAGAGCAGCGCGGGGCGGGGUGGGUGGUGGCCGGGGAGGGGGAGCGCGGGGCCCCUCUCCCCUCCUCUCCUCCCAGCCCCGCACCCCCCACACCCAUCCCUUUUAUAUAUUUUUUUCCUCCCAAGUUCUCUUGCCUCGCUAUCCCCCCUUGAAUCCGAAGGCGCCUCGCGAUUGGGUGCUGGGGCCGGGUACGUCAGUCAGACUGUGACGUGCAGUCUUCCUGUUUCCUUCAGCUGUGUCUUAAAGUAAAUCUUGUCGUGGAGCGGAGCCCUCAGCCGAGGGAGCGCUCUGAAACCCUACACCAUUGCAGCGGGCAGAGCAGAGCGGCGCAGAGGAGCCGGGGCCGGUCCGUCCGCGCCCCGCGCCCCCGCUCCGCGCGCCCCUCGCCGCUCCUCUCCUCCUCCGCUCUCCUCUCCUUUCCCCCUCCGCUCCCCUCCUCUCGGCUCUGCGCUCCGCUCUCCCUCCCGCCCUCCUCUCUCGCUCGCCCUCGCACCGACUCACCGUCCCCGGUCCGACCAUCACAUCCAUCACCCGCAAACCAUCACCGUGCGUGCGCGCGCGCGCGCAUUUUCCGCUCUCUGCCGGCAAAAAAGAGAGAAGCGGAGAGAGGGAGAGAGCGAGGGCGAGAGAGAGGCUCGGUCCCACCGCUCUCCGCACCGCGGUCCCGGGAUUCUUGAGCUGUGCCCAGCUGACGAGCUUUUGAAGAUGGCACAAUAACCGUCCAGUGAUGCCUGACCAUGACAGCACAGCCCUCUUAAGCCGGCAAACCAAGAGGAGAAGAGUUGACAUUGGAGUGAAAAGGACGGUAGGGACAGCAUCUGCAUUUUUUGCUAAGGCAAGAGCAACGUUUUUUAGUGCCAUGAAUCCCCAAGGUUCCGAGCAGGAUGUUGAGUAUUCAGUGGUACAGCAUGCAGAUGGGGAAAAGUCAAAUGUACUCCGCAAGCUGCUGAAGAGGGCGAACUCGUAUGAAGAUGCUAUGAUGCCUUUUCCAGGAGCAACCAUAAUUUCCCAGCUGUUGAAAAAUAACAUGAACAAAAAUGGUGGCACAGAGCCUAGUUUCCAAGCCAGCGGUCUCUCCAGUACGGGCUCCGAAGUACAUCAGGAGGAUAUAUGCAGCAACUCUUCAAGAGACAGCCCCCCUGAGUGUCUUUCCCCUUUUGGCAGGCCUACUAUGAGCCAGUUUGAUAUGGAUCGCUUAUGUGACGAGCACCUGAGAGCAAAGCGUGCCCGGGUGGAGAAUAUAAUUCGGGGUAUGAGCCAUUCCCCCAGUGUGGCAUUAAGGGGCAAUGAAAAUGAAAGAGAGAUGGCCCCGCAGUCUGUGAGUCCCCGAGAAAGUUACCGAGAAAACAAACGCAAGCAAAAGCUGCCCCAGCAGCAGCAACAGAGUUUCCAGCAGCUGGUUUCAGCCCGCAAAGAACAGAAGCGAGAGGAGCGCCGACAGCUGAAACAGCAGCUGGAGGACAUGCAGAAGCAGCUGCGGCAGCUGCAGGAGAAGUUCUACCAGAUCUACGACAGCACCGAUUCUGAAAAUGAUGAAGAUGGAAACCUGUCUGAAGACAGCAUGCGCUCAGAGAUCCUGGAGGCGCGGGCCCAGGACUCCGUGGGGAGGUCAGACAGUGAGAUGUGCGAGCUGGACCCGGGACAGUUCAUCGACCGGGCGCGGGCCCUGAUCAGAGAGCAGGAGAUGGCUGAAAACAAGCCCAAGCGAGAAGGCAGCAACAAAGAGAGAGACCACGGGCCAAACUCCUUGCAACCAGAAGGCAAGCACUUGGCUGAGACCUUGAAACAGGAGCUCAACACUGCCAUGUCACAAGUCGUGGACACUGUGGUCAAAGUGUUUUCGGCCAAGCCCUCCCGCCAGGUUCCUCAGGUCUUCCCACCUCUCCAGAUCCCCCAGGCCAGGUUUGCAGUCAAUGGGGACAACCACAAUUUCCACACCGCCAACCAGCGCCUGCAGUGCUUUGGCGACGUCAUCAUUCCAAACCCCCUGGACACCUUUGGCAACGUGCAGAUGCCCAGUUCCACAGACCAGACCGAAGCACUGCCCCUGGUGGUCCGCAAAAACUCCUCUGACCAGUCUGCCUCCGGGCCGGCCGCUGGCGGCCACCACCAGCCCCUGCACCAGUCGCCUCUCUCGGCCACUGCAGGCUUCACCACCUCCACCUUCCGCCACCCCUUUCCCCUCCCCUUGAUGGCCUACCCAUUUCAGAGUCCAUUAGGUGCUCCCUCCGGCUCCUUCUCGGGAAAAGACAGAGCUUCUCCCGAAUCCUUAGACUUAACUAGGGACACGACGAGCCUGAGGACCAAGAUGUCAUCUCACCACCUGAGCCACCAUGCUUGCUCACCGGCACACCCGCCCAGCUCGGCCGAAGGGCUCUCCUUGUCGCUCAUAAAGUCUGAGUGCGGCGAUCUUCAAGACAUGUCCGAAAUCUCACCCUACUCGGGAAGUGCAAUGCAGGAAGGAUUGUCACCCAAUCACUUGAAAAAAGCAAAGCUCAUGUUCUUUUAUACCCGCUACCCCAGCUCCAAUAUGCUGAAGACUUACUUCUCCGAUGUAAAGUUCAACAGAUGCAUUACCUCUCAGCUGAUCAAGUGGUUUAGCAAUUUCCGUGAGUUUUACUACAUUCAGAUGGAGAAGUAUGCCCGCCAAGCCAUCAACGAUGGGGUCACCAGCACAGAAGAGCUGUCUAUAACCAGAGACUGUGAGCUGUACAGGGCCCUGAACAUGCACUACAAUAAAGCAAAUGACUUUGAGCAGGUUCCAGAGAGAUUCCUGGAAGUUGCGCAGAUCACAUUACGGGAGUUUUUCAAUGCCAUUAUCGCAGGCAAAGAUGUUGAUCCUUCCUGGAAGAAGGCCAUAUACAAGGUCAUCUGCAAGCUGGAUAGUGAAGUCCCUGAAAUUUUCAAAUCCCCGAACUGCCUACAAGAGCUGCUUCACGAGUAGAAAUUUCAACAACUCUUUUUGAAUGUAUGAGUAGUGGUAGUCCCCUUUGGAUGUCUGACUUCCUGUAUGUGUCUAGAUUUUGAUUUCAUGUAUGUGUGUAUGGGAGGCAUGGAUAUGUUAUGAAAUCAGCUGGUAAUUCCUCCUCAUCAUCUUUCUCUCAUUUCCUUUUGUUUUCUAUAACAAGGGGAUGUUAUUCUCCUUCUUCCAUUAGUUUACUUUUGCCCAAGGCCCUUAACAUUUGGAGACUUAACAUAGGGUUAAUUUUCAGGGAAAAAGAAUGCUGGAGUGUGUAGAGUCUAUAUUCACAAGGAAGGGCAUUUGGCAAAGACGCCUCUUCUCGUUUGGUGGCAUAUUGCAAAUGGCGGCUGGCCGAGGUCACGCCAUGACACUGAACAGCUCUGCAGAUGGUGACCUGUCUCUUCUUUUUACUGUUAAGAAGGUCUAAAAAUGCAAAGUAACCACUUCAUACAUUUAAAUAUUUUGUUUGGUUUGAACUCAAUAAGUAGCUUUUUAUUUGCUUAAUUAAAUAACACCAAUAAUAAAUGAGAAGCUCACUUUUCAAAAAUACCCCCAAAGGCCAAAUUAAAAUGAAAACAAUUGCUCUCCAGCCCUUCCUAAGAGAAAUGGCAAACACUCCCCAAACUAGCAGUACCAGUUUCUAAUGAAGGCAAAGCAAUUUUGUACAAUACUGACUCUUUCAAGAUGAGACUUGAAGCCCAUACCUGCUCUUCUAGCCACCUCUAGACUUCACUGUUGGUUCUUCUUCAUACUAAGUGAGCUUGUAGAUCAGUCUUCACAGAGAAAAAUGCUAUGCUUUGUUACCAUUUUCUAUUUAUUUUGCUUCAGAUAUUAAAAAGGCACAUCCAUUUCAAAUUUACUCUGCUCCACUUUGUUUAUAUGCUUAAGAGAAUUAUUUAUGUUCCAUGAACUUUUUUUCGGAAACGCCAUUUUCUGAAUACCUUCCUACAGUAAGGAAGGAAGCAAUCUCCAACUGGCCAUGCAAUCCUCGCCUACCCUAGAAGUUUGUCAGCAGCUUUGAGCUGACCGGUUUCCAUGUAUGAUUCCUCACUACACUGAUGGAUAUUCAAAGUGGUGACAGUCUAAGUGUUUACUCACUAGUCGUUACAACAUCUUAAAGCAACCCAUGCUAUCUCUUCUAAUUCAGAAGCUCAUGUUGACCAAAAUGUGAGAAGCGUAGGAAAGUUUGGGGUUAACCCAAAAGACACAAUUUCAGCACAGCUGAGAAAGCUAGCUGCUAUACCAUGCUUUCUUCAAUGGGUCUCUUCUUUUCCUUUUUCCUAUUCUUUUCUCCAGUCUUUCAGUGAUGUAGUGUGUCAUGCAUGCAGCAUCCAUACUUCUUUUCUUUUUUUUUCUUCGUACCGGGAAUCGAACUCAGGACCUUGGCUUGCCAGGCAGGCGCUAUGCCGCUGAGCCAGAUCCCCGGGCCCUCACUUGAUUUUUAGAUGGGGUUUGCGUUCAGAAGCCGUAAGAAUCCAAUGCUCAUUCUAAUAGUGCUUUCCAGGCUCCUUCUUCCCCUUUGAUCCACAGCUCUUAAAAUGACACAGUAACAAACCUGGUAUUUAAAAUAUACAGAGUAUAAAUGCCGUUUUCCCUUAAUUUUCAUAAAAAAUGCAUUUGACUUUGGAGAACGCAGGUAGACCCAUGUGACUGACGAGCCGACCCAAUCCUUGUCAUUUAACGUCAUUUAUAAAUUCUGCUGAUGGAGAGGAAUGUGGGAACACAAUUAUUGUCAGCACAAAGCCUUAAAACCUGCUGACUUUAAAUUCAACGGUGCAGUCCUCUGGUGCCCUGCUCACCCGGGACACUAACAGGCCCUAGAAGUGUGGACAGAUCGUGCAGUGGCCUGGGCUGGGACACUGACCCUUCUACCCUACAUCCGGGGCCCCACCCAUCCCCCAGUGGCACCCUCCCACACAUGCGCACAGAAUCAUUCCAUCCAAUGUGUUUUCUGGCUUGCUUUAAAAAAAAACUUCUGAUUAUCAGUACAUUGGAGUAAAAUGCAUAUAUAUAUAUAUAUAUAUAUAUAUAUAUGUAUUCCAGUCGGCACAAAGUAAUCUCAACUUUUGGUCACACUCUUGAUUUGCUGAGCUGGAAUCGUGUGCUGCCCACCGCUCGUGUCAUUAUACAACUGGAUCUCCCCUGUACCAUGUAAUUCAUAUCAACAUCGUGUGGCCCUUUGCAAGGUAAAAGGCAAACAAGGUGUAGUAGGUUCGCCUGGGUAGACAGACUGCAAGGUAUUUUCUUAAUCUGUGAAAUAGUGAUUUCCAGGUUUAUUUGGAUUUUGAGUAUUACUUUCCCCUGCUUUUGUAAUUUAAAUAGGCAAAUCAUGCAAAAGUGUGUGUUUGCAGCCAAACAUUGAUGCACUUAGCUGCUGAGGAGCUCCUCUUCAAGUUCCGAGUAGAAACUGCAGUGUGAGGAUAAACGCACCUCUGUUCUGAAAGUAGAACCAUCUCUGCUUUUAGGUGAUUUCCCCGCUUCUACAAUCAUAGAAUUUUGUGCCUCCCAGUGCACCAGAAAAUGACAAAAGCCUGUCUCUCAAAACUGCUAUUUAACAGUUCUUUUUUAAAAAUCCGCACCUUCCAAAGUUCAGGUCAACUCUCACCGAGUAAAAACUGGGUCCACAGGAGAAAGUUGACUUUCUGUGGAGGGCGGGCGAAGAAUGAGGGACAGUUUACAUAGGAGAGAAAAAAGUCUAAAGUCCAUGUUGAAAUUCCACCCUACCACUUGCUUUCUGUUAACUCUAAAUUAUUUUUGCGUGUACACUAGAGGUUAUAGUCUGUGCCUAGACCUAAAAUGCACCAGCGGGGGGAUUGUUAAAAAUCCUUCAAAAUACCAGUUUUCUCCCACAAGUACAAUUGUUCUUGUGCCUUCUGUGGCUUUCGAAUUCAUCUUUUUGACUUUAUUUCCAAUUACUACAGCUGCAAUAAACACUAGAUUUUUUUUCUGGCUGUUUGACAUAACGUUGAUAGCUAUGCAUAUUUUGUGUCUUUUUAAAACAAAGCGGGAGAAUACGUUUUUGAAGAAGAGAAUUUUUAGAACAGUUUGAUACCGCAAAUUAUUUUUUCCUCAACUGUUUGAGCAGCAUCCGAGUUUUGAAAAUUCUUGUAGAAGCCAAUUUUUUGUAACUGUGGUGCAAAUCUUGUGUUUUCUUAGCCUAAUGAAAAGUAGUAUAGAAGCAAUAUUCCAUACCAUGUGCUAUGUAUGUGUGUGCAGAUGUGUGAAUGUACAGACACAUACGCACAUAUACACACAUGUAAAAAUAUAUAUAUGCGUGUGAAGUGGAAAACUUACCUUUUCCUAUCUAGAUUUAAGAACCUAUUUUAGACAUUUGUUAUGUUUUGUGAAAAGAAUGUUCUAUUUGCAACAACAAAACAUUUAAUUCUUACUGUCUCUCUGCCUGUUUAAUGAGGAUGUUUCACAUGAAAUGGUAAAAUGCGUGGAAGAUGUUAGAAUGUAGUAAUUAUUUAAGUAACUGUUCACCCACAGCUCCCUAAAGUUUGCUUUGUGCCUCGGAGUAUUAUUUAAUUAAAGUGUUUUAUGUUUGCAGAAUCUUUGUUACUGUACUGGGAAUGUGGGUGAAUAUCAUUUAAAAAAUUUAAAACAACAACAAAAAAAAGCAAAACGGAAACAGUAAAGCAAGAGGGGAACUUUUAUAAAGCAAUGUAAAUAUUUAACCUCAUGGCUGUUGUUACGUAAGACAUGAGAUUUUAAUAAAUAACUACAUUCUCACAACAUCUGUUGAAUUUAUUAGGAACACUACAGUGACUGUAUAGACAGUUGAAAGCAUUCUUGAAAAUCCUGCUCUCUGCUUUUAAAAGAUAACAGUCUAUUUUAUCAGAUGUCAAGGGCAAGGGUAAUGCAGUUUCUGUAAAUUUAUGAAAUUUCUUUUCUAUGUACAUGAAGACAUUUAGGAAGUAACCCCCAUGCCCACACACAUACAGGUUAAUAUUGAGUCGUGAAGCUCAAGAUUUGGGGUGGCCUUAAGAUAGGAUAGCCCCUCAAAAGCAAUCAUCAGUGAACAAGUGGUUUACAGACUCCCCUGAAAGAAGCAGUGUGUGUCUGAGGAGAGUACAAAAUCUCUUUGCCAUGUAUAUUAUAGAGUAUUCAUUGGUGUGACUAGUACAAAUGUUUCCUUCUGGUACAAACUGUGUUUGCAAAUUACAAGAAGCAUUGUUUUCCAAAAGCUCCCCUUACAAACGUGUAACUGGUUGAUAUGAGUAAGCAGUUACCAUAUUGCACUUAAAUGUUCUGUUUAAGGAAAUGCAGUUUUGUUUUCUGUAGAUCUGUUGGUUGUGAACCAUCUAUAAAAACUGAAGUUAAAAUGCUCAUAUUCAGAGCUGGGAUCAAAACUGGUAUUUAACCUUUGCAUCUUCUUAUAAUUAUCCUUCUAAGAAUAUAACAGAAUGCGGAAGCAACUGGACUUUGAGUCUUUUCAGCUGAGCCCUCUCUCAAAUCAGACACCCCUCAAAUGCACAAACAGACGCAGAAAAGGCAAACAGGCUGGCCUUCCUUUGCAAAAAUGUAUUCGUUCUGUAUUUUUUCAGUACACAAUUCCUCCACACAGAGAGAUAAAGCAUUUUGAAGUUAUAUAUUACCACUUCAAAUUUAGAACUAGAAAAACGAAUUUGGGGUUGGUCUCAGAGCUACCUAGAAGAAUCAAAGAUCGUGGCUUCCCCCAAUGUUAUCCCAGCCAUUUUUCAUAUGUAUAUAGUAUAAACCGUGACAAAACACUGCCUUUAUAUUAUUUAGCAAUAUGUUGUAAAUAGCAUUAUGAAGCUCUUUCUUUUGUAAUAAAGACCUUUUGAUUUGAA